CAGUGUUCAGAAAUGCUUGUUCUCUUUACAACAUUACUAUGUGACCAGAUUUACGGACCCUAAUGACAGAAAUGAAAUAUUUUUCCCUUGGCACCAGGACAGUGGAUGCCAUAAUGUCACAACAUCACAAAACCCAGCCCACAGCCUUUGUCUGCCAGUAAUGGAAUAUAAAAGCUGGAGACGGGGGCUUGUGAUGAGGAAUCCCUUGCUGGUAGAAGGAACAAAGAGAAAAAGUUAACAGCACUUUUUGGAGCACUUUUUCUGGAAUAUUUUGACGCAUACAAUUUAUUUUGGCUAUGAAGGCUCAAUUCCAGGACAAUCCUGUAAAACAACAGGAGUACUUGAAAAAGCAAAUGGAUGUUCUGGCUUACCGAAUGAAAAAACUGUCAGCAAAGCAAAAGCAUUUCAAUGAAAAAACAACAGAACUGAAAGAAAAGAUCAGGAAGAAGUAUGACAACAUGAAGCGAGUGCUGGAUGAGGACCUGCAAAUCACACUGUGCCAGCUAGACAUGGAGCAAGAAGCAAUGGAGAGAAACACAGAGGAAAACAUAGAAAGAUGCUACCAACUAAUACAGGCACUGGAGCAGCAGCUCUCUGAGUCAGUCAAACAGCUGAAUGAAAACAAGGCCCUCAACUUGGAGCAGAUUUCAGAGACAGAUAGAAGGAUAAUGGAGACAUUGAAGAUGACGGAUCCAGAGUGUAUCCAAAUGGAUGAGUUUAAGAACGAGCAGUUGCUAAGUUUAACUAUUAAUUUACUGCUGUUCAUCCGCUCACAGGUUCCUGUUACCAAGAAACUCUUCCAGAGCUAUGCCCAAGGGGUGGUUCUGAACCCUGAAUCUGCUCAUCCAAAACUCAUAAUUUCACAAGCAGGAGACUCUGUUACAUACACAGACACCUGGCAGGAAGUCCCAGAAAACUCUUCUCGCUUUGACACCACACUGAAUGUGAUAAGCCAAGAGGGUUUCAAAGAAGGCCGCAAUUACUGGGAGGUGCAAGUCAGUGGCAAAUCAUACUGGGAACUAGGACUCACCUAUGCCAGCAUCCCCAGGAAAGGUCGUGAAGAGCAUUGCUGGCUGGGCCGUGGACCUGAGUCCUGGUGUAUAGAAUACUUUAAUGGUGACUACACAGCUUGGCACAAUGGAGUUCCACAUGAGGUAACCCAUUUAACCGGGAGGCAGUUUAAACGAAUUGGAGUUUUCUCCAGUUCAAAUGGUGGUCUGGUGUGUUUCCUUGGUUCUGACACCAUGACCCCCCUCUACAGCUUUUGUGCAGGCACAUUUACAGAUGUACUUUACCAAGCCGUCUGUCCUGGCCAUGACAAUGGGGGGACCAACUGGAAACCACUGCUUAUAUGUGAUGCCUCCAGGUCUGCACCCAUGCUGUGAUGGUCAAAAAUAAAUUAGCUCAAUAUAUGAAGUGUGAUUAAAUGAUGUAAGCUGUAGACAAAUACAAAAGUACUUGUGUUUUAAUCCAGCAUUGUAUUACAGCAUCAUGCAUAAAGGUAUAAUUUACAAUUACAUGCUAUUUUCGCCAUAAAUGGGAAAAUACACAAUAUGUGGCAGUCAAUUAAAAAUCCAAAUUAAAACUCAACCUCAGCUAUAAUUUUAUACUAAUUUAUACAAUUUUCUUUUUUAUAGCAUCCAAUAGUUUCAUUUAUGUCCCAGGGACAAUAUAAAGUUGUUGUAAUCAGAGAAACUUAUAAACUAUUUUCUUUAAGAAAUCCAUUUAUUUCAAUAUUUUCUACAUUUGUAUACCAUACCAUAAGGAACAUUUUGAUGUAGUGGGCUCCAAAUAAUGAUACAGUACUGUAGCGGACACUGUAGGUAAUAAACUGACAUCCAAAUCACAGCUUUAAUACAAUAAAUGUGUUGUUUUUUAA